AGUGUGGAACUUCCCGCCACCUUCCCCAAAAAGCUCCAACCCGAAGAAUGGAGAGUGGGUUCAGGGUUAGGACUCCCAGACGCUCAGAGUAGCCUGAAACCCGAUAGGAUCGAAGUUAGACGUGGUGGAGGACUUCCAGCCGCCUAAAGCACGUAGGUCCGGGGAGCUUCAGGUUCGAUUCCAAGUGCUGGUUGGCGCAGGCAGCUUGGGACCCAACUUGGAGGAUAAAGGGUGGGAAGGAGGUCCAGCCAGCGACGAGGAAACAAAUACACGCUGGCCUGAGGGAGAAGGCAAAGUGGUGGGAAGACACAGAAGUGGUUACUUGAGCCGCAGUCACACAGGGCCGGGGGCGUGGCCUGGCCUGCAUUCAGCGCGGUCUGCAAGGGGCGGGGCUUGCGUUGUGUCCCGCCCCUAUGUUGAAUCCUAGCGGCCGCCAGACCCGCUUGAGUCCGAUCCGAGCUCACUGCGGAGUCCCGACCCUCCCUCGGAGGCUCGGACCUGGAGAUGGCGUCACUGCUACCACUGCUCUGUCUCUGUGUCGCCGUAGCGCACCUGGCGGGUGCCCGAGGUGAGAUGCCCCCAGCCCUAGGCUCCCGGAGGCUUGACAGCCAGGUUUGCGUGAGCUACAUUAGGAAAAAGAACCAGGCACCUACGUGCCUCCCCAGGGUUGAAGCCCCCUUCGCCAGCCUUGGAGUGGGGGCGAUGGGGAAACGGAGCUCUGGUCCAUCCGGGGUGGGGACAGGAUCUCUUAUUCCCUGCCCUCCUGGAAGGCACAAUGGACGUGCCAGGAGUGUGGAUGUGAACCUUAGGUUUCUUUGGUUUCCAGAGACGGGUGGGGUACCUGACCCACCCAGCCCCAGCUUUUGGACCCUGAAUCGCCAGGUCUCCCUUCCUAGACCAAAGGGUCAGAAACAUUCCCUCCCUUGCACACACCCGCACCACCCAAAGAAACAAUCCCCAUCUCUGGAAUGUCCUGCCAUGGGGGCUGGUGAUGGACCCAUUUCUCAGAGGAGACUGAGGCUCCAAGGAGGAAGGGACUUGUCUUAGGCUGUCACCCUGACUGAGUUACGUUCUUAAGAUCAGAGAAGACAAGGUGGAUUCCAAGGACAGAUUGGGCCCCAAGUAAAAGGAUGGAAAGGGUAGACGGAGAGAGGAACUUUUAAUCUAUCUGAUGAAAAAAUGAAUACAUACAAGAGAAUAGAGUCACAGUCGAAUGAACUUGACUAAACUUGUGGCUGCUUAGCACACUCAAGGGGUGAUCGGAGCCUGGGGGAGCAGAGUGGGACAGACUCCCCAGCUCAUACGGAGUUGAAGCUGGGCCAGAGAAAGGGACAGCGCUGCAGGAGUCUGGGGCUGGUAAUGGAAAGGUUCUUGGAGGAGGGUGUGCUGUAGUCCACAGGGCUAGGGUUGGCUUCUGGCCUAUCAGGAGCCUCAGUUUCCUACUGUGUAAAAUGAGAAUGAUCACCGCCUUCCUCUUGCACAAGGGGAGGGGGUCACAGUGGUCCCCAUCACUGUCCUUCCUUUCCCCAACUCUUCCAGAUGCCACUCCCGUGGAGGAGCCCACAGGAAUUGCAUGGGGUCUGCAAGGAAGGUCGCUGCACCCUGGCCAGCCCUCACCAGCCCUGGAGGACUGGGAAGAGGCAAGCGAGUGGACGUCCUGGUUCAACGUGGACCAUCCUGGAGGAGACGGCGACUUCGAGAGCUUGGCGGCCAUUCGCUUCUACUACGGACCUGCCCGUGUGUGCCAGAGGCCGCUGGCGCUGGAGGCUCGCACCACCGACUGGGCCCUGCCGUCCGCGGUCGGCGAGCGCGUGCACUUGAAUCCCACGCGCGGCUUCUGGUGCCUCAACCGCGAGCAGCCGCGCGGCCGCCGCUGUUCCAACUACCACGUGCGCUUCCGCUGCCCGCUCGAGGUCGCCUGGGGCACGUGGGGUCCGUGGGGUCCCUGCUCUAGGAGCUGUGGGCCGGGCCGUCGCUUGCGCCACCGCAGCUGCGCAGGCCCGGCUGAGGAUGCGUGUCCAGGGCGUUCCGUGGAGGCCCAAAAAUGUGUGCGGCCUUCGUGCCUAGGAUGCAGCCCUGACUUCUGCAGGUGCCCUGACCACAUCCUUCUGGGCUUGGUGGUUACACCAUCUGGGCGACCACUGUCAGGAGCCAGGGUGUUCCUGAGAGCCCGACCUGGCACUAUAGCCACCAGUGAUGCCCAAGGAACCUUCCAGGUGCCUGGAUUCUGUGCCAGUAACCAGGCCAACGUCAGUGCCCAGAUGGACGGCUUCUCUGUAGGUGUGGCUCGGGUCCAGGCCAAUGGCACCAACUCUGCUGUGGUCACCAUUGUCCUUGAUAAGUUACGAAAGCCCUACCUGGUGAAGCACCCUGAGUCCAGAGUGCGAGAGGCUGGCCAGAAUGUAACCUUUUGCUGCAAAGCCUCAGGAACCCCUAUGCCCAAGAAAUACUUGUGGUUUCACAAUGGGACCCUGCUGGACAGGCGAGAACAUGGGUAUGGGGCCCACUUGGAGCUUCGAGGGCUGCGCCCAGACCAGGCUGGUAUCUACCAUUGCAAGGCGUGGAAUGAGGCCGGAGCUGUGCGCUCUGGCGCUGCCCAGCUCAUCGUGCUUGCUCCAGGCCAGCCAGCCUGCGAUCCCCGACCCCGAGAACACCUCAUCAAGCUCCCGGAUGACUGUAGCCAGCCAGGCAGCGGCCCUGCGUACCUGGAUGUCGGCCUCUGUCCGGACACCCGCUGCCCCAGCUCUGCAGGCUCAAGUCCCCGGUGUGGGGACCCUGGCUCCCGCUGCUGCUCGGUGCGCCGCCUAGAGAGCAGAGAGAUACACUGCUCCAGCUACGUCCUCCCAGUGAAGGUGGUGGCCGAGUGUGGCUGCCAGAAGUGUCUGCCUCCUCGGGGACUGGUCCGGGGCCGGGUGGUAACCGCAGACUCCGGGAAGCCCCUGCGCUUCGCUAGGAUCCUGCUGGGCCAGGAAUCCAUCGGCUUCACCUCCUACCAGGGCGACUUCACAAUCGAAGUGCCGCCCUCCACCGAACGGCUGGUGGUGACUUUCGUGGACCCCAGUGGUGAGUUCAUGGAUACUGUCCGGGUCUUGCCUUUUGACCCUCGAGGUGCUGGCGUGUAUCACGAGGUCAAGGCCAUGCGGAAGAAAGCCCCAGUCAUCUUAGACGCCAGCCAGAGCAACACGAUCCCGCUCGGGGAUAUGGAAGAGGCGCCCUUGGGGGAGCUGGUCCUGCCGCCUGGAUCCUUCCGCCACGCAGACGGCAAACCGUACACUGGGACUGUGGAGGCCCGGGUAACGUUCGUGGACCCCAGAGAUCUCACCUCGGCGGCUGCAGCCCCCAGUGAUCUGCGCUUCGUGGACAGUGAUGGUGAGCUGGCCCCGCUGCGCACCUACGGCAUGUUCUCCGUGGACCUCCGCGCGCCGGGCUCCACGGAGCAGCUGCACACUGGGCCUGUGGCGGUGCGUGUGGCCGCAGACCAGAUCCACAUGGCCGGCCACACGGAGGCCCUCAAGCUGUGGUCCCUGAACCCCGAGAACGGCUUGUGGGAGGAGGAGAGCGGCUUCAAACGCCAGGGCUCCUUGGCCGCCCGGGUCCGCCGGGAGGAGCGUGUCUUCCUGGUGGGCAACACUGAGAUCCGCGAGCGGCGCCUGUUCAACCUGGACGUGCCCGAGCGCCGCCGCUGCUUCGUGAAGGUGCGCGCCUACGUCAACGACAAGUUCACCCCCAGCGAGCAGGUGGAGGGCGUGGUGGUCACGCUGGUGAACCUGGAGCCUGCCCCGGGCUUCUCCGCCAACCCCCGCGCGUGGGGUCGCUUCGACAGCGUGGUCACCGGCCCCAAUGGCGCCUGUCUCCCCGCCUUCUGCGACGCCGACAGCCCCGACGCUUACACGGCCUUCAUCACGGCCACCCUGGGGGGCGAGGAGCUGGAGCCGGCGCCUUCCCGGCCUCGCCCGCGCGCGGCGGCAGUGGGCGUCACGCAGCCCUACCUGGACAGGCUGGGUUACCGCCGCACCGACCACGACGACCCGGCGCUCAAACGCAACGGCUUCCACAUCAACCUCGCAAAACCCAGACCCGGCGUCCCCUCCGAGGCCAACGGCCCCGUGUACCCGUGGCGCAGCCUGCGGGAGUGCCAGGAGGCUCCGGUGAACGCCAGUCACUUUCGUUUCUCGCGAGUGGAGGCCGACAAGUACGAGUACAAUGUGGUCCCCUUCCGGGAAGGCACGCCAGCCUCCUGGACCGGCGAUCUCCUGUCCUGGUGGCCUAAUCCACAGGAAUUCCGGGCCUGCUUCCUCAAGGUGAAGAUCCAAGGCCCGCAGGAGUACAUGGUCCGCGCCCACAACGCAGGGGGGAGCCACCCGCACACCCAGGGCCAGCUCUACGGGCUGCGAGAUGCCCGCAGUGUCCGCGACCCUGAGCGACCCGGCAUCUCUGCGGCCUGCGUGGAGUUCAAGUGCAGUGGGAUGCUGUUUGACCAGCGUCAGGUGGACAGGACGCUGGUCACUGUCACGCCCCAGGGCAGCUGCCGCCGGGUGGAGGUUAAUGGGCUUCUGCAGGAUUACCUGGCCCGGCACCCCCCACCCGUGCCCUCCGAGGACCAGGCUGCCUUUGCCAUGCUAGCCCCCCUGGACCCUCUUGGUCACAACUAUGGCAUCUACACCGUCACUGACCAGAGCCCAAGGCUGGCUAAGGAGAUCGCCAUUGGCCGCUGCUUCGAUGGCUCCUCUGAUGGCUUUUCCAGGGAGAUGAAGGCUGAUGCCGGCACAGCGAUCACCUUCCAGUGCAGGGAACCACCAGCCCGGCCCAACCUUUUCCAGAGGCUGCUGGAGUCCCCAGCGUCAGCGCUUGGUGACAUCCGCAGGGAGAUGGGUCAGGCAGCCAGGCCACAGAGCGGGGCUACCAGUUCCUUCAGCACCCAAAGGGGCCAGUGACCUGGGCCCACGACCUCACUCCCCUGCCUUGCUUUGGACUCCUUGUUCUGGGACUUCUCACCCCACUUCUUCCCCAGAGGCCCCCUUUCCAGGUUUUUGGGGUCUCAUUCCCCUCCCCACCAGAAUUUAGAGUUAAGAAAAAAAACUAGGCGUGUCCAAAGGUGGAAGUGUGAGGCAGGUGGGCAGUUUUCGAGGUGUGACCUGAGGUGAAGCUUGCUCUGACAGGGGUUGGAGCCAGCCUCCCGAGAGCCAGUCACCAGACUGAGGCCUGCGGAAACUGUUCCCUGCUCAAAAGCGGUUUCUGACUUUCACGUGUAUGUUGACCUUGAUUUCAGAUAGUCUGCCCUUUGGCGAGAAGCCCUCUCUGCCUGUUGCUGAGCUUUAUAAGGUCCCCCACCCCAAGCUUUAUUCUGGGAUUAUUUAUUGAAAUAAAGCCCAGGGGGCUUGUUGUGGAUGUGAGUGGGGGAUCCAGGCUGGACCCAAUGAAAGUGAGGGAGGGGCUUCUUGUGGCCUCUUUCCAGGGGAAGCUCUGGGGAUGGGGGCAGAUUAACAAUUCUCAUGUUUGGUGCUUGGAAAUCCCUUUGGUGGGGUUGGGGCAGGUGCUCAAUUAAAAAUGCUUUAUUUCCAA